UAUUGCCUCAACUUCACACAGCUAGCUGGUCGUCCUUAGCACCCGGCCACCACCAUCGCUCUGCAGUACUAGUCUCUUCCUUCCUCUCUGUUCUUGAUGACAUGUUUUCGUACGUAUGACCUAAACUCCUAAAGGGAGCCAUUUUGACAAAUACCAUCUAAUCGAUCCAGCUGUCCAUUUCAACUCACCAUGCAAAGCCCGGCAGAGAAAAAACCAGGCGUUUGCACCUACCUUGCUCAAUGGCCAAUUUACUCGCUAGCUUGGUCAGUCCGCCACGACAAGAAUUCUCGCCUCGCCAUAGGAAGCUUCCUUGAAGACUAUAGCAACAAGGUGGAGCUCCUCCAAUUCAACCACGAAACGUCUGAUUUUGCCACCGACAGCCGCCUAGUCUUUGACCACCCUUAUGCACCCACCAAGCUCAUGUUCUUCCCCUCCGAGGACGCCAUGAACCCCGACCUCAUAGCCACCUCCGGCGACUAUCUCCGACUGUGGGAAAUCCACGACGACCGGAUUGAGCUGAAGGCCCUUCUCAACGGCAACAAGAGCAGCGAAUUCAACUCUUCCAUUACUUCUUUUGAUUGGAUGGAAUGUGACACGCGGCGAGUGGCGACGGCCAGCGUGGACACCACUUGUGUGAUUUGGGACAUAGAGAGGGAAAUCGUCGACACCCAGUUGGUAGCACAUGACAAAGAAGUGUAUGAUAUUUCAUGGGGGGGCUUCAAUGUUUUUGCUUCAGUCUCCGGCGAUGGUUCCCUGAGGGUUUUCGAUUUAAGAGACAAAGAAAGAUCGACCAUAAUAUAUGAAAAUCCAGUCAGAGAUACUCCGUUGUUGAGGUUAGAGUGGAACAAGGCUGAUCCGAGGUUCAUGGCGACAGUUGGGAUGGACAGCAACAAGGUGGUUGUACUGGACAUUAGGUUCCCUACAACCCCGUUGAUGGAACUUGCCAAGCAUAAGGGGAGUGUAAAUGCUGUGUCAUGGGCCCCGCGUAUCGGACGGCAACUGUGCUCGGGUGGAGAUGAUUCAAGGGCGUUGAUAUGGGAGGUGGUGGAGAUGGGUUUUCGAUCAGAAAUUAACGGUGAUGUGGAGCCAGAAAUGUGGUAUGGGUCAACGGCUGAGAUCAAUCAAGUACGUUGGUCGCCGAUGGAGUUGGAUUGGAUUGGUAUUGCUUUCUUAAAUAAGCUGCAGAUCUUGAAGGUUUAGAGAAAUUUCAAUAUUAUUGUCUACUACUUACAAAAUAAAAUAAAAUAAAAUAAAAAAUUUAGAUUAUCUAAUA